AUGAUGCUAUUUUUCAAGGACCGGUUCCAACAUUUGAAGACAGGACAAGAACCGGUAGGAACCGGAACCGGUAGAACCGCUCGGCCGGUUCGGUUCUUAAUUUUGGCCGAAGCCGGUUCCCGGUUCCGGUCCGGUUCGGGCCGGUUCCGACCGGUUCGGUUCUUUUGCUCAUGCCUACGCCGACCCCUUUUUCCAUCACAACACACUCCGAUUACCUGCAAUCUUUUGCCGCCAUACUCUCCAACUCCAUCAAUCGAUGCCAUCGCUGACCUUCGGAUCUCCGGCGCCAUCCUCCUAUAUCUCCGGUGCCAGCCUCCCACACCUACGACGCCAUUGUCGCACAUCAGCUUUCAGGGUUCUAUAUACGCGUAUGAAUUAACCAGUUGUAAAUCUGUUGAUUGUGUAAACAGAAAAAAUGUGACUUUAAAGGAAAGGGACCUCUCCUGUAGAUCACUAUCAAUAAGUAUAUCUUUUUAGUCGUGCAACUAUUUCCGAAACUCCACAUCAGCAAAAAGGGGGAUAAGAAACUCGGAAGAAGAAGAAGGGAGGGUUGGGCCUUAGGCCAACAUGCACUCCUUAUUAUAAGGAGUUUGGAACAAAUACUUCUACUUAUCAAUUAGAAAUUUAUAAGUUUCUUAUAAUAUUUGUUUUUGUUUUUAUGUUAAUUUCAUGCUUUACAAUGAUAUUCCCUUUUUUAUAUCAAUUUUGUGAUAAUUGCUAAUAAUUUGUAAAUUAAAAAAAAAA